AUGGGCUUUUACCCCUGUCUAGGGUUUGGUGGCGUUCGGUGGCUCCGUUGGCGUUGUGAUUGCGUUGUCGGAAUUAAGCGUUGGAUGAUGAAUGUUUUAAAGUACGGCAAGGAUUUGUACGAUAAGGUGAUCAGUUUUGGCGCCUUGAUUCUUGGUGUGCAAAUACUGUGGUUUGGUUAUGCCGAGACUGUGUCCAUCUAUGAAUUUAUAGUACUUAAGUCUGUUCUUUGCAGAAUUGGUGGACCAUGGCUAGGGGAAAGGAAAGACAAAGGGCAAAUACAUAGAUGUCCAAUACAAGGAUAG